UAGAUCAUAUCUAGCUCUAUAUAUUAUUGUGUAUUCGUCGAUCAUUCAUUCAUCCAGCCGCGCACACACUAUAUAGUGGCGACCGCAUUGCAGUCGCAGCAGUCAUCGCGCCAACACCAUCGCCAACGUCCAGAACCACAUGCAGCUCGCACUACAGCGCGACACAUCGCACUAUAUACUCAAUCGCUGCUGCAUCAAGCCGCUGGCAUACGGUCUGCACGCUGCAUGUUCCCAUAUCGUCGACACUUUUGUGCACGCGCAUACACAAGCCUGCAGGCCGCUUUAGCAUCGUACAAAAUAUACGGCCGGCGCACUCCGCUUCGUCACGUCAAUAUAUUAUAAUAUAGCUUUGCACGCGAAGAACGGUCGAUAGCGCUGCGCACGACUAGUUCGAGCGUAACGGAAGGCGACGACGGCGGCGCGUCCACGCGUUGCGGAAGCAGCAGCAGCAGCCGCUGUACAGAUAUAUAAUAUAAUACCAUUCGAGCGGUACGGCGUGCUCGCAGCGAAAGCAUCAGGACGUGCGUGAGACGAGACAGCACUACCGACUGCAGUGACGUUUGCGGCGAGUAAUCGCGGACCCCGGUGCAAAUUCAGCGGCAUCGACCGUUUAAGCGUACCAGAGGUAUACCUAAAGAUAGUGACCGCAGCAGUGUACUGAGUAGCCCCAGUCACCGUGAACCCAGUCCAUUACUGAGCUCACCACCUCAGUUGUCGCCGACUACAAGCAGCUCUACCACUAACCAAAAUUCCCAACGUCAAUCCAGGAAAAUAAGUAAGACAAUUCCUGUCUGCCAAAUUAGAUCUUACAAAAGGAGUAGAAUCUCCAUUGACCAGAGAUCAGUUUUUCCCCCCAUUAAUACGCACAGUAAAAGUAACUUAGACAUUCAACAAAAUCCCAACGAUCCGUAUGGUACUGCUGAGGAUAAAAUCGAGCUCUGUUCAUCACACACUGACUGCUCGUCGAGCUUGCGUACGGAAGAACCAAUCACCCUCGACACAACAAAAGCUCAUGUUUUAGAGGAUAAAUUCGAUAAUCUUAUGAAUGAUCUGAAAGAUUCAUUUAAUAUAACUCGUAUGAUCAUCAAUAAUCAUAGACGUUUAAUCGAAUCACAAUUUGAUCAAAUAACUCAACAGUGUGAAAAAUUGAGAGUCAACUUGAACGAUUCUUAAUCAAUUUUAAGCUAAUCACUAUAACAUAUUAUCACCAUAACCUAUCAGCAGACCACUCUAAUCACCAAGGCUAACUAAACCAACUACUAAACUUUCGUCGCUGGUUAACCCAGCCACGGAUAAAUCAAAAUGGAUAACCCUGCAGCAGUGUUAUCAGAUGACGUGGAGGAUUGGACUCCACGGGCGCCAUCGACGGGCAGCAAUCAGCCCCAGGCACGGUUAAGCAGUACCAAUACCCCCAAUAAUUCAUCACAGACACAAUCACCAACACCCCAUCAGAAACAACAAUUUCAACAACCAACACCGCAACAACAGUACAAGCGCAAUGCGUCCACUUAUUCAAUAGACAUUCCAGCAACCCUAGGACUGAUGGUGACGAACACCAACCCUGCUGCCAACGGAGGAUCAACUACAUCGUCUACUAUGAAGCUGACCGAGUACUCGAGCAGCGGAAGCAACAGCAGCAAUAGUGGAAGCGUCGGCGACGGAACCGCGACGGCCACAUCGUACAUCAUAUCCGGCGGAAAUGGCGAAAAGGCCGAUGGAAACGGAAUGGUCGGUGGACGACGCCGCAAAGGCGGAAAGAAGCAGCCCCGUUACGACCCGUUCCAGAUGCGGGACAAGUCUAAGGCGACUACUGACAGCGGCGCCUUAUUGCAUCUAAUCAAGAGCAGCCUCGGAAGUGGCAUCCUUGCCAUGCCAAACGCGUUCAAAAACGGUGGGCUCAUCUUCGGACUUGUCGGCACGGCAGCAAUCGGAACGCUUUGCACACAUUGCAUAUACCUUCUGGUGCUGUGUUCGCAAACGCUAGCCCGCCGCACUCGUCGCCCGGCCCUCGGCUUUGCCGACACCGCCGCAGCCGCGUUCAGCACUGGUCCGCGCCGGUUCCGUGCCUGGGCCCCGUUCGCCAGAGAGUUUGUCAACGCCGCCUUGUUCUGCACGUAUUAUUUUGGUAACACCGUAUACGUAGUGCUCGUCGCCGCUUCCUUCAAGCAGGUGGCUGACACGCACACUCCGCCGGAAUGGCACAUGCCCAUCCGCGCCUGGAUCCUCGGCUUGGCCAUUCCGCUGGUGCCACUCGGCAUCGUCCGUUCGCUUCGGCUGCUUGUCCCGUUCUCAGCCAUAGCCACUGCGUUCAUACUGGUCGGCUUGGGAUGUACCAUGUCGUGGGUGGUAACCGGCGUCAGCCUGUUCGCCGACGAGAGUGCCCUGACGGCGGCCGUACCACUGCCGGACAUAGGGUCCCGUCCGUGGAUCGCCCCCGUAGGCCACAUGCCCCUGUUCUUCGCCACCGUCCUGUUCGCCAUGGAAGGCAUUGGCACCGUACUCCCGAUCGAGAACUCGAUGCGCCAUCCACAGCGAUUCCUCAAGGCUCGUCCUUGCGGAGUUCUGAACGCCGCCAUGGUGCUGGUCGUGUGCUUAUACUCGGUCGCCGGAUUCCUUGGAUAUUUGCGUUUCGGUGACGCCACUGACGGUUCGAUCACGCUCAAUCUACCCAACGAUCUGUUCGCCGAGUCGGUGAAAAUCAUGGUGGCGCUGUCCAUACUGUUCUCGUACGGUCUGCAGUUUUGCGUGCCCAGCGAGAUAGUGUGGACCCGCCUGGAGCCGUGGCUGCGUAAGCGUCGGCAAAACAGCAAGUAUUCCGCGGACACCAAGACGGCGACGUCCUGCGGCGCGCCCGUUAACACCAUCGCCGGCAGCACCAUAUCUACGGUCACCGCGGUCACCACGACCAGCGCCACGUCCGUGGACGAGAAAAAGCAGCUCGAACUCGAAUCCAACCUGCAGGACAAACCCAUGGAAGGAGCGUACUACGUGAUGAGGGCCGCCAUGAUCCUGGGAACCGUGUUCAUCGCCGCCCUGGUGCCCGACCUGGCGCCGUUCAUCUCGCUCAUCGGCGCCGUGUUCUUCUCAAUACUGGGCCUGAUGUGUCCGGCCGUCAUUCACCUGGCCGCGUUCUGGAACCACGGCGACGAGGAUGGAGAGGAAACGGACGACGCUACCGACUCGGAGGACGACUUGGACUUUGACGGCGACUACUACGCGGUGGACGACGACACCGACCUGGAGGCGGUGCAGCGACAGCCACAGCGGAGGAGAAGCAGCGGCCGGUCGACGCGGCGCCGCCGUAAGGGCAUGAGCCGUUGGACCGUGGCCAAGGACGUGGCCAUCGUGAUGAUCGCGCUAAUCGCUCUGGUGUCCGGCACGUACGCGUCGCUCGUGGACAUCGUGGCAUUUUACGGAGCCGGCGGCGAGGGCGGCCAUCAUGCGGCCAAAGGCAACGGCACGGCCGUCACUGUCGGCACCACCACCAUCGGCCCGGGCCCGGAAUCGGCGUUCCUGGUAGCGGCGAACGUGGUACCGCAAUUAUAGGGCGGCGGACAGAGUUCGGAGGACGGGAAAACAAAACGAUAUACAAUAAGAUAAUAAUAUUAUAAUAUACACCGACCACUGCACCUGAAGUCGUCGUCACCCGCCCCCGCCCGCCAGCCAGACAACCCGGCAUGGCCACAAUGGUUACCUAUAUAUAUCUUUAUUUUUAUCACUGUGGUAAUACGCACCUUUCCUGUUUUAUUUUUCAAUCAUCUGUGCGCAUUUUUGUCCGAAACACAACGACGAUCAAUAUUCAUUUUCGAAAACAUUUCUGCCCCGCCCCCUCCCCAUGUAUACUUAUACUUAUAGACGUCCCUAUACAUUUUUGAUAUAUUUUUUUAAACUGUCGAUGUAAUCAUUUGGCAAUAACAAUAUCGACACCGCUGCCCAUGUAUAUUAUCUUAUUAUUGCUGUAUUGCCUUUUGUUUUUUACAUUUUUUUUUUUAUUUAUUAACUAAUCGUGUGUAAGAUAUUAUAAAUAUUAUAAUUCCAGUUUAUUAUUAUUAAUUAUUAUUAUUAUUAGUUGAUAAGCUAGUGUGUAGUUUUACGCAAGCGCAAACCUUUUUUUCCACAUUGUUUCCGCUUUUAAGCUUCUCUCUAUAUUAUAUUAUUAUUAUUAUUUACAUUAAAAUCAUGACAAUUUCAUUAUUAUCUAUUUUAAGUUUUAAUAUUAUUGAUUUUUUUUUUUAACGUUGUCGGGCUUAAUAAUAUAACAUACGCGUGCAAGUUCACGAGAACAUAUUAUUGUGUAAUCAUUUAAUAUGCAAUUAAUAUAUUACAUUAGUAUACAUUAUAAUUGUCAUUAAAAUUCAAAAUAUUAUACUACUUUUGCUAUUCGCACAUUAUAAUUUAUUAUUUAUUUCACUGUUGAUUCUUAAGAACGCAAGUAUUCAACAGAAAAUCAUAAAAGACAUUUAUAUAUGGUACUCAGAAUAUUGUAUACUAUACGAAUCAUAUAUUAUUAUAAGUUUAUAACUGUCAAUUAAAAAAAAAUUGGUUUAUUAUUAUUAUAUCAUUUAUUAUCACAUUGA